AUGAUUAAUUAUGUCUUGAAAGUCCAUCGUUUAUCCGACGAUAUUGAUUCAUUUGGUGCAGGAAGAUCAACUGAUUGUGAUUUUCAAGCACGUUUACUUGAAUCUCAACUUGAACUAUUGAAAUUAAAUCAAGAUCGGCAAGUUCGUGUUGCAACAGCCGCUAGAAAAAUUCAACAACAUUGCCUUAGGGAUCAAGGUUAUCUCGGUGCUUCCGUUUGUCGCAUCAGAUUCAAGCGGUUACAUACUCUUGUCCUAAUUGUUAGAAAACCGCAUUUUCCCAAAGGCGCAACUCAAGCUUUGUCAGCAGACGUGAAAAAAGUUGAAUUCGAUAUCGCUAAUGAGAACGACAAGGCACCCGCAGAAACUAUUCAAACAAUAGAACUUUUACAGAUCAUUCGUUCCAUCUAA